UUGUAGCGGAAAGUUCUAGCGCUCCGUUCUCCCGUUGUCGAGAGACACAAUGCCAUGUUGUAUUGGGACAUUAAGGAACGUGUGAUCUCUCCAGCGGAGUAAAGCGCUUACACAGAAAAAUGAAUGGAGCUAAGGAGAGUGAGAGAGGGGAUGGCGAGGGGCAGCCUGCACCUGCCCAAGUGCCCAUUGGCUGGCAGCGCAAGGUGGAUUCUACCAGGGUUCUCUAUAUCAGUCCCAGUGGCUCAGUUCUGUCCAGUCUGGAACAGGUAAAGACCUACCUACUUACAAAUGGCACCUGUAAGUGUGGCCUGGAGUGUCCACUCAUCCUCCCCAAGGUGUUUAAUUUUGAUCCUGGGGCCACUGUCAAGCAAAGGACUGCAGAGGAUGUGAAGGCUGAUGAGGACGUUACGAAGCUUUGCAUACACAAGAGAAAGCUUAUUGCUGUAGCCACUCUGCACAAAAGUAUGGAGAUACCACACCCCUCCCUAACGCUGACCGGACCCAUUGGAGUCACAAGUGUGACCUCCAUGGCUCCUACCACCCCACGUUCUGCAAAUCCCCGAGCAAUAAGGAAUAAGUCUCAUGAUGGGCUGCCUAACUCAACACUACCUGACUGUAAGAGCCCUUUUAAGAUGAUAAUGGCAGCAGGUCAGCGACACUACUCUGCAGACAUGGGCAAUGCUCAGCAGCCAGAGCACUAUUCUGGAUACUCUCGACAACGACUGGGCAGUAAUGAGCCAGGUCCUAAGUCACCAUAUCGAAGUAGGCCUGUGGGAAUGCUUAGCCCUUCAUCAGGCUUGCAAACUUACGGGGAUAGCGCUUUGUCACCAAGAACAGACUCUUUAGGUAGUCCAGAUGGAUUUGCACGAAGCAAUCCAUGUGGUUUUCAGAAUAGUCCCAGCCCAAUUCAUGGUAACAGCAGGACGCCCCUGUCCCCUCCUGGUGUCAUGAUCCAUGGUUCUCCAAUCACCCAGUUAUCCUAUGCCAUGACUGGAAGGACUAACACACCUCUUCCCCCCCCAGUCCCCAACAAAAGUCCUAUCAUGAAAAAGCCACACUGUAAUGUCAGCUAUCCUCCUAAUAUGGACAUGACCAGAGCAGUAUUUCACCAUAAGGCCCAGCCUACACCUCACCCUGUUCUCUCUCCUAAUAUUCCUCUCACGUGUACCCUCCAGAAAAAACAGAUGACCUCAGAGAAGGACCCUCUGGGAAUUCUGGAUCCCAUUCCCAGUAAACCUGUAAUUCAGAAUUCUAUGCCGAUCCCAAGCCCAUCAAACUUUCAGCCCAACACCCACUCUCAGGUACCUAUGAUGAAUGUAAACAUCCCCCCUGCAAUUGUCCCAUUGCCAAGCAACCUUCCCUUACCAACAGUGAAACCUGGGCCGAUUGGCCACAGUGGACACAUGCAGAGGACUCAGCAUGGAGCGGCCACCUCCAUCUCCCCCUCACCAGUCACGUCCCCUGUACAUAUGUCAGGACCUGCGAUGAGUCGAAUAGAAGCAUCUCCACAAAGAUCCCGCUCCUCCUCCACCUCCUCAGAGCAUGGAAGCUUUGCCAUGCCUUCUGGUCCACAAGCUUCAUGUAGCACCAUGAAGGUUCCACCACGGUCACCCAGAUCGUCCAUGGGUUCACCCAGGCCCACAAUGCCAUCCAGCCCUUCUGCCAAGCCUGACACACUCCACCAGUACAAAGACCCCAACCAGGUCAUGUCUGGAAUAAAUAAUGUGAUUAGCAGUCAGCACAACUCUAUGUUUCCCCCAGCCUCAGUCAGUAACGCUCCCCAGAAGAACCACCCCGGACUCCUGGGCAUGCCUCUUAAUCACAUCCUUAAUCAACACAAUGCUGCCUCUUUCCCUGCCAGCAGUCUACUCUCAGCAGCAGCCAAAGCACAGCUAGCAAAUCAAAACAAACUGGGCGGUAACAUUGGUGAAGUUGGUGGCAGUGGCGCUGCCGUAGUUGGUUCAGGCAUGGGUGGGGGUGCUCAUUCUAUGGGAAGUGGAGGUGCUACCAUUGCUGGUGGGGGUAAUAAUGGAGGUAAUGGGAUUCCAUGCUUACUUGGUGGUGGAAGUUGUGGUAGCAGGACAGUUGAAGGACCUAACAAUUUAAAUCACAUGCUGCCACCCAGUUCCACCAUGCUCAUGCCAAUGCCUGAGGGCCAGAGUGGACGUGCAGCUCUGCGGGACAAACUCAUGGCCCAGCAGCGCGAUCCUCUUCGUAAACGCAAACAGCCGUCCAACACUGGCAGCCAACAUGACAACAUGGUCUUCAACAUGAUGAAACCUGAAAUUAGUGGCCCCAGACCACCAUGCACUCCUCCCGAGCAAAUAAGGAAAGUGCCUCGACUUGUAGGCUUACCUCCCAACACCUCCAUGGCCCAGCUGCUUCAGUCAAUGAGCAGCCAAAGCUCCCACAUGGCAAGGGGCAGUCGGCCAUUACCUGGAGGCCCCGGUCAGAUGCACUUUGGAGAGAGUGCUGUUCCUCCUGGCAUUGCUCAACAAAGCAUGCAUUCACAGCAGCGACUUCACAGCCAAUCAGAACCAAUGCAUUGUCACAGCAUGGAGACUCAGUUCCCAGGGAUGAUGAACCAAAUGCAGACCACGGCUAUAGGAAACUGUGGGUCUUUGGGACAAAGUGGACAGCUUCCUCUAGGUCACCCUGCUAUGGGACACCCAAGCACCCACCCACAGCAACUGUCUCAUGUACAUCAACAGCAACAAGGCAUUCCUCAUGUGCAUAUCCGGCCAAAUAUGUCAUGUAUGGUACCUAAUAAUAACGAUGCAAGCUGUGCCCAAGCCAUGACUGACACAGGUAAUGUGUCUUUACUGAACUGCAGCAUAAGUAAUCCUCAGUCUGGCAGCAUUAUGAGUGGCACAGUACACAUGUACCAGCAGCAUCAGCUGCAUCCAGCACUCCAGGGCAUGCAGAGGGUCUCGCCAUACCAGGCUCAGGGGCACCCCUAUUCAGAAACACAGUUUCCUGAUAAUAAUGCCCCAAACUCCAAUAACAUGUCCUGUUUGUACCAGGGAUGUAUACCCAACAGCAACCCAGCCUCUCAUACGCAGAUAAGUUCACAGUCUGGUGUGGCAUCACUUCCUGCAGAGCCUGGAAUGUAUCGGGAAGGUCAGCAAGAGCUCCAGGGUAAAAAUAAGGUAGCAUUGUCAACAGGUGGUGGAGGUCACGGGUCAGAACACUUGCCUAGUGCCGGCACAGAAGCAGUUGAUGCCAUGUACCGGUCACCAACCAGUAAAGGCAUGCAGUUGGGCAUAACCACAUCAACAGCAGGCAGCAGUGGUACACAAGCCAGCCCUGUGCCUGCCCUCAGAGCCAUGACAGCUUUUACCGCCUCCAUCGGCGAGCCUCAUGGAAUGCCACACUCUGUUAAUGCUGUCGUUCACGGGCCGCGAGGACACGAGACGUCGGACGUGAUGGCACAAUCCUGCACCAGGCCAACACCACCUACAGUGGCACCACCUCGAACAAAUCGUGCCCGCAGAAGUUCAGAGCAGGGCAAGAGCACACCUGACAACACGGACACGCACGACUACUUCCGCUCGCCCAGGCAACAGUGGGAGGAGCAAAAUCAAGCCCACUGGAGAGGGGAGGAGUUUCUAGAAUGUUCAGCACAGGUGCAGAGCAGUCCAUGCAGUGAAGGUGGCGAGAGAGUGCAAAGUGGCACAGAAACAAACCCGCAGUGUCAUGAACCAUCUGAGCCAGCCAAUGAUGGAAAUCCAGGAAAUUUUCGGUACAACCAGCUUCCACUUCACGUCAACUUCAAAGAGCGGCUUGAGCAGACGGUCGAGCGGUGUGCUCACAUCAACGGCGGUCCUCCUCUGUGCCCACGUGGCAGCUAUAACGAGCCACUGACGGGGGAUGAUCAGUCACCUAGCUCCUCCACCAGUUUAGAGGGGCCACUGCUAAAGGACUACGCCCAUUUCAAUGGGCACUUUAAUGGGCACUGUGCACCAAGCCCCUCAGACACCAAGAGCCUGAGCAGCGAGGAGGAAUUGCGCCACCCUGACUCGCCCUCCGCCGAGCUUCUGCACUACCGACCCAGGGGCUAUAACGUAGGUGAACUUGUCUGGCCUAUCAAGGGCUUCUCUUCCUGGCACAACAAACUGAUGGGGGAGGAGCAUGGCCACAAUCCCAGUAUGCUUUUGUCUGACCAGUCCAAGGUGGAGCCUGAGAAGCUGAAAACACUAACCCAGGAUCUUGAGGCACUGGAAAGAGCUGCCAAGAGGAAUAGAAAAGCUGGGAAGUUGAAUAAUCAUUUAGAAGCUGCUAUCCAGGAAGCCAUGAGUGAGCUGGACAAGAUUUCAGGCACUGUUCAUCCAAUGUCCUCUCGAGAGCGUGACCGGCAGGUGAAACUGCCCAAACCCAAAAGGAGGAAGAUCUCCAGAUAACAAAGAGAGAGGGGAAACUCUCAUGAAACUCUCACUCAUGUUCUCGCUCGCUCUCUGUUACCCUCUGACCUGGUGCUAUGCUCUAGCAGAUGGCUCACCGAGGCCCCGCCCUCACCGAGUGAUUGACAGGUGCUGGAUAAAGCCAAUCAGAAAUGGUGGCGAUUUGACUACGACUCACUGAAGAACUAUUUUUUUCUAGAAUACAAAGAAAAAUAUCAAAAAAAGAAGAUAAAAUACUGCAUUUAAGAGAAUAGACAGUCCAAAUAUUUCUGAUACAUUUUCAAUGUGUAUAUAGACAAUACAGAAAUUUCAUGGUGAAAUCUUGGGAAGAAAUGUAAAUAUUGUACGAUAAUGCCAUGUACAAGCAGACCCAAUGCAUACUUUAUCUUCAGUUGUACAAAAAAAAAGAAAUCACAGCAGAAAACGUCUACCAGUGUGCUGGUAACUUAUCAGUUCUCGGCCCAUAUGGCCACGUGUGAAUAGGAUGAAUUAGAGUUGGUCGGAUGCUUUUAUGUGCUUUAGUUCGCGUGUGUGUGUGUUUUUGUGUGAGAGUGAGAGAGAGAAGCUGUGACUGGCAGGCAUGGACAUAACCCAUACCUGAACCCAUGCACUCAAACCAGUGAAUUUUAUUAUCAGUAUGGCCGUUCACAUCUGUGUUAAUGUGUGUAGAGUGGACUUCACCAACUAAGAGGGAAACUGUGGGACUGACUGAAGCGUUUAAGCUUCUGUAGUUCUCGUCUUCCAUCAUUAAACACUACCAGACCACCUAUAGCUUGUUUCUCAUCCAGGCCACAUUAGUCAGUGGAGAUAGUGUGUAUUUCUAUCUUUUUGAUAUGAUUUUACUGUAGGUGAAUUGUAAGAUCAGUAUUUUACUAUAUGCUAGGGCUGGAUGGUUUGACUGUGUACCAGUAGAGAUUUUGCUCUACCAUUUAUACUGCUGUGAUGAACAAAAAUGAUUAUAUAACAUUUCCACAGGCUAAUACACCAUUCUGUAGUUAAAGUAUAUGAAUAAUAGUAAUAGAGGAGUAAUAGAAUUACAUUUGGAACUAUAACAUUCUUUAACUAGCAUACAUAAAAUAAGGGUGUUUUCCAAACUGUGCAACAGAUACGUGUAGUUUUGUUAAGGCUAUAUAUUGCUGAAAGUCCCUGGGAGAACAGCUCUCUUGAUUCAGAUGAGUGAAGAAUGCAUUGCUGUCUCCCACAAUGAUUAGAGUGGGUGUCUUAGCUAAAUAAAAUAGGUAGAUUUCCCCCAUUUUUAAGUAUGUUCAUCUCCCCAGUAAUUUUAAAUGAGCUGAGUUUUGGGAUCUGGGAGAGACCGUAGGAAAUCAUUUCAUUAAAAAAAUCAAAUACAGUAUUUAACAAACAAAAAAAAUGACGUCAUACAACACUACAUUUCAACACCGAAUCUAUAAUGUCUUAAAAUGACUACCAUAGAGGUCAAAAGAAAUUGACACAUCAACCCAUGAUACAUUGUUAUACUAGCGCUAGGAUGGAGAACUGCUCUAUAAUGUUAGUCCACCAUCGCUGAGAUAGAUUCAGGUUUGAAUUUCAGCAGUGCUAUUGGCUGGCUGGGCAUCUACACACACCAUUGGCUGUGUCUGCGGGGGGCUGGUGCCUCGUCCAAGGUAUUCCCGCCUCGCGUCCUGCGUUUCCGAUAAACCCAUACCUCUCAACCCUAACCUAGAUAAAUCAUUUGAUAAAAAUAAAAUGAUAAAUCAGGAUUCUGAUGUCAUACCACUCAGCCCUACCAAAUAAAGAAAACAAAAACAGCUGUAUUCAGGAUGGAAGUAAGCAGUUAGGGGUCUUUUUUGGUAUAAAUUAUUUAUGUACAGUGUUCUGUAUUUAUUUUUCUUUUUAAUACUUGGCAAUAAUUCUACCCUGAGCAAUGCUCUGUA